CUUCUUGAGAUAAAAAUUGAGGAUGGAAGUAGCAAUGAUGGGAUGUUAAUAGUAAAAACUGCUUGUGGUGAAAAUGGAUUACAAAUUAUUCAUGAAAUUAAAAAUGAAAUUGGUGAAGGAGGAAGUGAUCCAACAAUUCAAGUAACUCUUUCAUAUUCAAAGUAUUGGCACAAGAACAG